GUUUACAUUUAAAAGUUUGUUAUUUUAACCAUAUUUACUAGAUGUAAGGACAGAAUGAAGAAGUUUGACGCUGUAUAGGCUUAGAGCAUUUUAUAAAAUCAGAAAAAGAAGGAAUAAGAAAAAUUGUGGUGAGAUUUACGGUGCAAGUCGAGCGGUGGCCGAGAUGAGUGUAUAUUCCGUUAACGCCGGCCAGGAAUAUAUGAAGAACCCCGAUUUGAAGCAAGAAGACAUUCUCGAGCUGAAGAAAUGGGCAGAAACUAAGAAAUUACCGUCAAUUUCAGAUGAAUUGCUGAUAUUAUUUUAUCACAGUUGUAUGUAUGACAUGAAAGCAGCCCAAUCCUGUAUAGAGGUUUAUUAUGAAUUAAGGAAAAAUUCACCAGAGUUUUUUAAAAACCGAGAUGUCUCCAGACCAGAACUUCAACAAGCACUGACUGUUUUGCAAUAUUCAUGUCUACCUGUUAAAGAUCAACAUGGAUACCAAAUCAUAUACCAUGGCCUCCAACAAUAUGAAGCUAAUAAAUAUGUAUUUAAUGACGGAGUUAAACUCUUGGCUAUGGCUAUCGAUGCUUGUCUUUGUGUGGAAGGAACAGUACCAGGAUAUGUUUUUUUGUUUAAUAUGAAAGGAGUCAGGUUCUCUCACUUGAUGAGAUUGAGUGUAUCCAGCAUGAGAAAAUUUUUCCGUUACAUUCAGGUAUAUGAUAAUAGUUUUUAAUGUAUCGUAAGAAGA